UUUUAGACCGAUGCGACUUUCACGGUCAUUUAUAUGCUCAGUGGCGCUUAUCAGUAUAUAUGCACAAGAGUAUAUAUUUAAUAAUUUGAGGCGUGCUUCAGUAGCUCAGCGUUUGCUUGUUUACGAAGCAUACGUGGCUGCACAAAUUAGCCCUUAACGGGGAAGUGGGCUCGUAUGAUGUUAUUUCGUGGAUCUUUGUGCAUCACAUAACGAUGCUUAUAGUUAUUUUGCAACCAUGACACAGCGAAUCAGAUUAUUAUUGCUAUAAUAUACUCUGCGGAUCAAAGGCACUGAGAGCAGACAGAAGAUGCUGAUGUUGCACACGCUCAAUCACUUCCUCCUGGCCGGGGCAUGGCUGUGUGCGUGUGGAAGUCCAGUCCAGCAGCACCCAGGAGCACGUGCCGGUGCACCAGAGACACCCAGGUCAAGAGAUGGGAGCUAUGGGAGCUAUGUGAGCGGCCUGCUUCUGGAGGUGGGCACAGGCUCACAUGGACCGGCGUGGAGACACGGGGGGGUUGUGGCGCUGGCGCAAAACAGGGACAGUCUCCAUGUGGAAUCUAGGCCGCCUGACACGAGGAGGAGGAGGAGGAUGAGGAUGCAAGAAGCUGCAGGCAUGGGAAGCUUAAAAAAGGGCGACCGUGAAGCUGUGCUGAUUUCUCCAAGGACAAGUACGCCGAGAGACCAGGAGGACACGCAGGAUGGUGACGAAGAUGCACAGACAAGGUGGAUAUCCUCCACUCUGCAUCCGAAUCCAUCAUUUGGGAUUAACAGUCCUGCCUCCUCCACUCCAUCCACACCGUCCCCUCAGACCUUCACGCCUUUACCGCUGUGGGACCAUGAAGGUGCGCUCAUGGCCACACCACCAGAACCACUCUUACCUGACAUUGAAGCCAACUUGAUGCCCAAAGAGGACAGCAUGGAGAGCCUUUGGACAGAGGCAGCCAGACCUGCUGGAGCAGACACAGCCGCACCGCCGUCUCAGGACGACGCCACGGAGGGCACCAUGUCGUCCGAGUCCCUCCCUCUCAUCUUUGAGCCUCUGGAGGAAUCCGUGGCGGAUGGCGCCGACACAUCCCCGCUUCCCACCGCUGCCAUGGCGACGGGAGGAGCGCCCCUGUCCGAGGCGGACUUGGAGCUGCUGGUCACCACGGAGACAGACAAGGGAGUCAGCCUAUCAGGCACCGUGCAGACGUCGGACUUUGCUGACAAUGAGCAGGUUACCAUGACAACACAUGCCACUGUGCACAAAUCCAAAUCAGGAUUAGAUGAGAUGGAGACUGAGGAGGAUCUGGAUGAUGAGAAUUCAGAGGAAUCCAUGGAGGAGGAGAGUGAAGAAGACCCAAUAGACACCACCAAAACGCCCUUGGAGCAGCCCCCAUACAGCCUCAUCCCUCCGCCGCCCAUCUGGGUCCAACGCAACCAGGGCCUGAUGCGCAGCUGGGUGGCGCUAAUCAGAGAAAAGGCAGGUUAUGUGUCUGGCAUGUUGGCCCCGGUGGGCAUCGGCAUCGCGGGGGCCUUGCUCAUCGUGGGCGCCCUCUAUAGCGUCAGGAGGCUUCAGCGCAAGAGGAGGAACAGCUUCAAACACCAGCGGAGGAAGGUCAGACAAACAGAGCAACCUUGCGAGGUCGGCACGAGCCGCCAGGAUCAGGCCAUGCUACUGGCGGACAGCUCCGAGGACGAGUUCUGAUCCGGGUCCAAGGAUUGAGGCUGCUGCUGAAAAGUCCACAUCGUCAUGACAACCACAUCCAUCGCUCUUGAGCUGUUUUUCCUGUGACUCAUCACAUAAACAGUGUGCAGAGUGAACUAAGAGCGCGCCCCCCCCUCGUGCUCAGUAGCUUUGGAGUCUGGCACUUUGACACACUAAAGAGUGACGUGCGAUACCGCUGAUUUCGGUUCAGAUUCCAUACUGAUAAAAAAAGUCAGCCUGGUUUCAGCGAUACCGAUCCUAUACUUUGUGCCAAUUCACCAAAUGUGUCAGUAAUUUUUUUCAAACAUGUGUAUUUAAUAUCAUAGCACAAAGAAUACAAGACAUUACAUUAAUGUAUGAAUUAAAUUAAUUGAAGUCAUUCAUUUUUUGAAUUUGAAACCCUGAAGUAAACAAUAUAGCCAAGGUAAUAUACAAGAGGAUAAAAAACCUAUAAAAAGUGAAAAUGUGAACAAGAAUCGGUACUAAAACAACCCCCAAUUUGUCACAAAUGAUAAGUAAACAGUAAAAAAAGCUGUCUUUAGAAAUUACGAAAAGAGAAAGUGACGUAGAUCUCGCGCAUGCGCGUGACAGAUUGCGUAGUGAUAUAGCAAGCGGGUAAAGCGAGGAAGGGCUGAUGUCAGUAAAUAAAAGAUGUAAAAAAUAUAUUUGCUGUAAAUGUCUGUCCUACUAGUGUACAUAGUUUCGUUUGUGUAAUUCUUAUAGAUAUCAGCAAAAAGACUUUAUGCAACUAAAGCAGGAUAGCUUGGCGAAAUCCUUUCAAAAGUGCACACGAGCAUGAAAAAAACACAACCACUAUUAAUAAUAAGCCGCGGUUCAAAAUCGGACAUUUUUCCAGCUACUUCCGGGUGUAUCGCGUAUACCCGUUAGCCUAGCUCCUUUUCAAUUGCAGUACUUUCGGAUGUUACCUGAGCAUAUAGCUCGUUUUUUAUUGUUAACUAACAAGAUUUAAGAGCACUGCUACUUACUUAGUGAACAGAACUGAGCUAGCUGCGAUAACUUCUUCAAAGCAAGGUGUAUUGGUCUCAUCAGUGGAGUCCCUUCGCCAUUAUACAUACCUAGCCCCAUUGUCUAUCGCUGUUAAUUGGUUUCACACCAGACCGCGUUAAAUGAAUUUAAACGAUAAUUCAAUGUCAAGAGAAUAAAUAUUUUCUUAGAGCAUACGAAACCUAAAUACGCGUUUUAACUUUAUUAACGUCCUGUAUACAUUAAAUAACUCACUUUUAAGCUCCUGUUAUUUCGAUUACGUCACAUUGCUCGCUAGCUAGCAUAGCAAUUUAUCGAGCUAACUAGUUAGCCUCGCCAAUUGACUUAUGCUAACUUUUAAGUGUUUCAAACGGAGUGGAGAAGGAGGACAAAGGAGAUCAAAACUUACCACUUCCAGAUGGAAUGAGAGGAUGAUGAGCCAUGGCAUGUCGUCUGGGCUCACUAGCCAGUCUCCACGCAGUGUGAAAGGUCUCCUAACAUUAGGCACUGAUGUCUAGCGACCACAACACUACAUUGAACUUAUAUUUCAAUAUGUUUUCACUAACAGGCCAUCGACAACCAUUAUUUAUGAAUGACAAUAUUCCAACGCUGAUGUGGGGAUCGCUGUAGUCACCUACAAAACAAGAAAUCAGUGAUGUAGGCUGCAAAAGCACAACUUGGAAGUCCCAAGUCAGUCGUGUGUGUUCUUGUGGGAAAAGAGCAAAGGAUAUUUGGUGAAAAAAAUGUCCACUUACUAUAAAUGGAUUUAUUUGUAUUGUCACUGUCAACAGCAGGUGUUUAUGCAAUAAUACUGUUUGAUGGGGGUCAAUGUGAUGUUAGAGUGAUUCUAUGUCUUAUGUGUUGGUAAGAAACUGAAGUCCAAAUCCAAAAAUAUUUCUCUAAAUACAGACUCUGGGGGAAAACAACUCAAACAACUCCAGUUUACAGCAUUAAAAAAAAUCAAAUAAUUUA